AUGCAUCCACCACCGACUAAUAAAUACCUGUUCCUCGGCGAUUACGUGGAUCGUGGGCCAUUCUCAAUCGAAGUGAUCACUCUUCUCUUUGCUUAUCAAGUCCUCCAUCCGGAUAAAGUUUUCCUCCUACGUGGAAAUCAUGAAUCUCGUCCAGUCAACAUGCAAUACGGAUUCUUUUUAGAAUGUCGAAAACGUUAUUCCGAACGACUUUACGAUGCAUUCCAGUUGGCAUUCUACUGUAUGCCACUGUGUGCUGUUAUCAGUAAAAAAAUCAUUUGUAUGCAUGGAGGAAUUUCCGAGGAUUUGAUCGAUUUGAAUCAACUCGAAAAAGUGGACCGUCCAUGCGACAUUCCCGACAUUGGUGUGAUUGCUGACCUCACUUGGGCUGAUCCAGAUGACAAAGUUCUUGGGUACGGUGGAUCGCCACGUGGAGCCGGCCGAUCUUUUGGACCUGAAGCCGUCCGAAAAUUCUUGCAUCUUCAUAAUCUGGAUUUGAUUGUUCGUGCCCAUCAAGUCGUCAUGGAUGGCUUUGAAUUUUUUGCCGGCCAACAGCUUGUCACAAUUUUCUCGGCCCCAGCUUACUGUGGACAAUUCGAUAAUGCUGGUGCGGUUUUGACGGUUGCGCCCAAUUUGGUCUGCUCGUUUACCAUCUUUCGUCCUGACAAGUCUUAUGAAGGAAACACCAAAGAACAGAAGAUUUCCAAGCCUCACAAAGUGUCGGAGCAUAAUGAGAAGAAAUGA